CGAGCGAGAGAGGGACGCCUUCCCCGUGGACCUGAGGCGGUCGCGCGCUAACAAGACAGCCGGGAGGCGAGGCGGGCGGGGGGAGGAAGAGGCUGGCUGUGUUGGUAUUUUGGGAACACGCACAGCGGAGAGAGAGAGGCUCGCAGCAGCAGCAACCGUAGUAGUAGCCGCACCACGGCUGGCGGGCGGGCGGGCUGGCUCUCAGCACCGCCACCACGUACCUUUCCCUUUUUUGGGCAGGGGAGAAGCUGGCAGGUUGCUGGAGCCUGAUCUCUCUUCCCCCUUCUCACCACCAUCACUUCCACCCGUCAACGUUUUGGGGGUUCUCCUCCUCCUCUUCCUGCUCCUUGAAAAGUAGCCCAUGGCUAUACUUUUUCCUGUGUUUUCUCUCUUCCUUUCACCUGAGGGUGCGGGGUGGGGGGGCAGCCGUCAAACUGUUCUGUAGGAAGCUUGAGGAAGUUGAUCUUGUAGGGAAUAUCAGUGGGCCUGGAGAAACCACAGGUGUUUUCAGAAGAAAUUGCUAUUUUUAACUGCAGAAGAACAAGGAUUCAUUUUGGUUAUUCUGGAGUGAAAUAUUUUGCCCAUCAGCAUAAGCUUAAAUCAUCUCAGAAGGACAAGGUUCGUCAGUUUAUGGCUGUUACCCAGGCUGGUGAAAGGACUGCUAUAUACUGUUUAAUGCAGAAUGAGUGGAAACUAGAAGUGGCAACAGACAACUACUUCCAGAACCCAGACUUGUACUACAAAGAAUCCAUGAAAAUUUCAAUAGACAGAAAGAAAUUAGAACAAUUGUAUAACAGGUACAAAGACCCACAAGAUGAGAAUAAAAUUGGCAUUGAUGGGAUUCAACAGUUUUGUGAUGAUUUAAGCUUGGACCCUGCCAGUAUCAGCGUUUUAGUCAUAGCAUGGAAAUUCAGGGCAGCCACUCAGUGUGAAUUCAGCAAAAAAGAAUUUGUAGAUGGCAUGACAGAACUAGGGUGUGAUACCACAGAUAAGCUAAAAGCUGUUUUGCCAAGACUGGAACAAGAAUUAAAGGAUCCAAUGAAGUUUAAAGAUUUUUAUCAGUUUACUUUUAACUUUGCUAAAAACCCUGGACAAAAAGGCUUAGAUCUAGAAAUGGCAAUUGCAUAUUGGAAUUUAGUCUUAUCAGGAAGAUUUAAAUUUCUAGAACUUUGGAAUAAAUUUUUAUUGGAACAUCAUAAAAGAUCAAUUCCCAAAGAUACUUGGAAUCUUCUUUUAGACUUUGGAAAUAUGAUUGCAGAUGAUAUGUCAAACUAUGAUGAAGAAGGAGCAUGGCCAGUUCUAAUAGAUGAUUUUGUGGAAUAUGCACGACCAGUAGUCACAGGUGGAAAGCGUAAAGCUUCCUAACCAUAGACUCUUCUCAGUGGACUUAAGUUUGCAGUCUGAACUGCAUCAGGUAAUGAAGACAUUUUGGCCAAUAACUGUGCACACUGUCACUGGUUUCGAUAGUCGUGGUGGGAUGCCACUGACAAAACUGAAAUCACUACUUCUGCUUCAAGACAAUGAUGGCUGACUCAUGGACACUGCAAGAAGAAAUUCAGAAGAUAACCCCGGCCGUUUGUAGGAUAUUGGCUUCAAUUAUUGUACUGGUUGUAUCAUAUAGGAUGUAGAUUUUGCAUGAUUUUAUACUUUGGAGAAGUUUAACUAGAGGCCAUUUUAGUAAAGUUUUGACAGCACAGCAUGCCAUUCAGUUCAUAACCCAGGGUGAACACCAGCAGUUACAUAACUACAACUGUAUUAUAUUGUACUUAUAUUAAAAGCAGUAUUUGUGGUAUAUAAAUUAAAUCCCUAAAUAAAAAGUGUGGUAUGUGGUAUUUUUAUACGA